GGUGUUGAGUGUUCUUGUUGUUGCUCGUAUCCCUGAGUCGCCUAGCCCAGCCCACGCGGCACAACUGCCAGCUUUCCCGCUUCGCUCCCGCUUCCUUUAGCGCUGUGCCUAUUAUUAUAUACAUACCUACCUGUCAAUACAUCCUUACCCGCUCCCACCAUGGCCGGGAAAGGGUCUUCUUCUUCUUCGAAUCCUGUCCCUGGUACCACUCCCUCUCCGCCCGCUGUACAAAACCCUGCUGCCGGCAGUCAAAGUAUUUUGAAACAGCGGAGACCGGGCGGCUCCACAGCUGUGUUACCUGCUGGUGGGAAGAAACCGGCUGGUAGUGUCGUUGGGAAGAGGGCGAAGGGAUCACCUUUGCAUGCAAACAACGACGAUAUCAUGCCUUGGACUAAGAGGAAUGCGUGGGUUGUGUAUGCGGUUGCGAGCGGUGCUUGUGCUGCUUUCAAUGGCGUCUUUGCUAAGCUGACCACAGAUAACCUGACGGCGCAUAUCGCGCGGGGCAUAUCUGGGGCUUUGGGCUUGGAAGGGAUUGAUGGAUUCCUUGAAAUCAUUGUUAGGGGUGCAUUCUUUGGUCUAAACAUAUUAUUCAAUAUCAUAAUGUGGACGCUCUUCACAAAAGCUCUAGCAAAGGGCAACUCAACAACUCAAGUAUCAAUCAUGAAUACGUCGACGAACUUUAUGAUAUCGGCAUUGCUGGGACUAGCUAUCUUCGCCGAAUCUUUGCCGCCGCUAUGGUGGGCUGGCGCCACGUUACUCGUGGCCGGGAACGUGAUCCUUGGGCGCAAAGAGGUCAGCCCCGAGGAAGACAUGGCUGCCGAUGCUGUAGUCAGUGUGGAACCGGGAGUGGAAGCAGCUGAACAAGGUCAUGGGGAAAUAGCGCUCCCCGACUUAAGAGAAGAGGAACUGGAUGAGGAUGUCCCGCUUUUAGGCGACCUAGAUGAUUCGUCACGCAAUAGGUGAUGAUCUUGGUUUGUUCUGAGUAGCCGUACUACUUUAGUUCUGGUAGCAUAUAUUAGAUACUCUCGUCGCGAAGAUGAUAGACGAACUAGAUACUCGUUCUAUGCGCUCAGAAUCCAAAAUCCCUCGCAUGGUAUAAGGCAGACGAAGUCACCAAUAGUUGAGAAUAGGUAGCGAAGAGUCAUAAUCGCAUUAGAAUGCCUAUCAGAAAUAUGUAACCAUCUAGAGAAACCCAAACGCCAAACGCCUUGUGUGCAUGAUGCCAACGUAUUCAACGUUUCCACUAGCGCCAGCUGUAUCUCAAUGUUUUCUCAUCGUGAAAUCUUUAAUGCAUGCAAUUUCUAACGCCGCUAUCAACCAACUUUAACAGCCUGGGAGAAUGCGGCAUCCCACGACAAGCGUAAG